AUGCCGUCUCACGUGGAUCUAGACCGUCAGAUCGAGCACUUGAUGCAGUGCAAACCAUUAGCUGAAGCAGAAGUGAAAGCACUGUGUGAGCAAGCCAGAGCGGUCCUUGUCGAGGAAUGGAACGUUCAGCCUGUCAAAUGUCCAGUAACUGUCUGCGGUGAUAUUCACGGUCAGUUCCAUGAUCUUGUCGAACUCUUUCGCAUCGGUGGUAACGCUCCUGACACUAACUACCUCUUCAUGGGCGACUACGUAGAUCGAGGAUAUUAUUCUGUGGAGACUGUCACUCUUUUAGUGGCACUGAAAGUUCGAUAUAGAGAUAGGAUCACAAUUCUAAGAGGAAAUCACGAGAGUCGUCAAAUAACUCAAGUGUAUGGAUUUUAUGAUGAGUGCUUGAGGAAAUAUGGAAAUGCCAAUGUCUGGAAAUAUUUCACCGACCUCUUUGAUUAUCUCCCACUUACAGCCCUAAUUGAGAGUCAGAUCUUCUGCUUACAUGGUGGUCUUUCCCCAUCUUUGGACACAUUAGAUAAUAUUCGUUCCCUGGACCGUAUACAGGAGGUACCUCAUGAGGGUCCAAUGUGUGAUCUCCUUUGGUCUGAUCCUGAUGAUCGUUGUGGAUGGGGAAUUUCUCCUCGUGGGGCUGGAUACACCUUUGGACAGGAUAUCUCUCAACAGUUCAACCACACAAAUGGGCUCGGUCUCAUUUCUAGAGCUCACCAGCUUGUUAUGGAAGGAUACAAUUGGUCCCAGGACAAGAACGUGGUGACAGUGUUCAGUGCGCCAAAUUACUGCUAUCGCUGUGGUAAUAUGGCUGCAAUACUUGAGAUUGGGGAGAAUAUGGAGCAGAAUUUCCUUCAAUUUGACCCAGCACCUCGGCAGAUUGAACCUGAUACCACACGCAGAACUCCUGACUAUUUUUUAUGA